AUGCCUGUCCUUCUUCCCCUUGAUGAUGCCUCAGAAGCAUCGGCGGGGAGGCGUACGCCAAGCAAGCUACACAAGCCUGACACGCCAUGCAGAUGCGAGGCAGGCGUAACGGAACGUCGCUCGCGUCGGCCAGGGAAGCGAGCGGACACAGACAAAGCUGCGCUCGCCUGGCCCGGCCCCACGUCCAACCCUCGCAACGUAUUUCAACUCAUGCUCCUUCACUCAGCCUUCCUCUUCGUUCACAACUGGCCUUCCUCCCUCCUCAUUCCCAUUGCUCUUCUCCUACCUCUCCCCUUCUCUGGUCACUUACAGACAGACCACCGCAACAGACAGCACCAAAGCAACACUAUGCCCGGCAUCCAGAUCAUUACUGACGGACACCCCACCGUCGUCCACCAUGGCACCCACGCCCACUCCCACCAGGAGACCAAGUGCACUUGCACCUGUGCCUGCACCACCUGCAAGCCCGUUUCCAAGUGCUGCACCCCCGCUCCCACCGUCCAACAGGGUGUCCAGUGCUGCACCCCCGCGACCGUGCACUCGCACUCGAAUGUUCACCUGAAUGCCGCUCCCCACGUCCACGGUCACAACAACAUUCACUCGCACGAGUUCGGCCACCACGGACAUGGCCACUCGCACGUCGAGGUGUCCGAGUCGCAGGCUUCCUGCGGCAACGCGACCGCGCAGGUCACGACCCACACGUCGCACGUCCAGGUCCACGAGCACCUGAACCACGACGUCUGCUUCAGCCUCCACCAGCUGAAUGCACUCACGCUCCCUCCUGUGCAGUUCUCGUCGGCGGCGCACCCGCCCGUCCACCCUUGCCCCGUCAAGGCCGCGAUUCCCACCGUGUUCAAGUUUGACGCCCGUCUCGUUCGCGACGAGCUCCACCACCCUCUCCUCUGCUACCUCGCCGAGGGCGUGCAGCCUCAGCUCUUCAACACCGGCGCCGGCACCCACUGUGGCACGCCCAUCGGCGCUGCUGCCGCCAAGAUUGUCUCUGGCCGCCAGCUCCUCGCUGUCGAGCGCCCUGAUGGAUACCGCGGCCUCCAGUGUGUUGCGUACGGCACGCUCCUGCUCAGCAUCAACGCUGCGCUGCUAGAGGACAGCGCGCGCAACAGCUGCAUUGACGGCAAGCGCCUUUGGUCCAUCUCCGCUCCCUGCGGUAGCCCCUGCAGUGCUGCGCUGGAGCUGCGUGUCGGCGGCGUCGCCUCUGUCGCUGUCGAGCUCCACCCAUCCAAUGUCGUCAGCAACGCCAUGAUCGACCGUGUUCUGCACCUCUGCAAGGGUGGCGCCACCUACGACGCCGCCAUGGGCCGCGCGGUCGCCACGUUCAAGGAUGGCUGCCCCGUCCUGCACGCUGAUGCGCUUACGCUGCUCGGCCAGGUCUGGGCCCGCUUCGGCCGCGAGAGCCUGCGCAAGGACGCCAACUGCGCCUGGGUCGUGCUCACCAACCUGGAGCGCGCCAUCGUCUUCCGCCGCGCCGGUGGCGAGAUCAAGGUCUCCCACGUCAUCAACUACAACGGUACCAGCACCCCCCGCGACUCGGUGCAGAACAUCUACUGUCUCUUCUUGGCCCUCGGCGUUCUCGAGAAGCACCAGUACGCUGCCCCCGCGCACGUCGAUGUGGUGCACCUCAUCUAG